CGGUCCUUCCGGUCCAGCCAACUGUCGGACGUGGUCGGCAGUUCCAGGACCGAAUGGGUUACAGAGACUUUGCCUCAAAAAUCGAAAAUAGGCCAGGAAACAAAACUAUGACUUUAGAAAGAUGCUCCCCAGGGAAGAAAACGGUUUACUCUUGAAUAUACUGCGGCUCUAAAUAAAAUGCCACUUCUGCCCAAGCGUAGCCGACCUCGGAGGGGAGGGACCGUCGUCCGAAAAUAAGACCCCACGCAGACACUUCCGCCCUUUUCUAAGAUGGCGCAGGCGGAAGGGGCCUGUCACCGCCCGCUGGCAACGUCGCGGCUGGAGUUAAACCUGGUGCGGUUGCUCUGUCGCUGCGAGUCGAUGGCGGCAGAAAAACGAGAACUGGAUGAGUGGCGUCUGGAGAAGCAUUGGGGCCCUGGCCUGGCUGACACCCUACCUUCCCUCCCAGUAUGUGGGUGCCUUAGAAGACAUGCUGCAGGCUCUGAAAGUCCAGGCAAGCAAACCCGCCUCCGAAGUGAUCAGUGAGUACUCCCGCAAGGUGGACUUUCUGAAGGGCAUGCUGCAGGCUGAGAAGUUGACCUCCUCCUCUGAGAAGGCUCUAGCUAACCAGUUCCUGGCCCCUGGCCGCGUGCCCACCACAGCCAGGGAGCGGAUGCCUGCCACUAAGACUGUGCAUUUGCAGUCUCGGGCACGGUACACCAGUGAGAUGCGGAGUGAGCUGCUGGGCAUGGAAUCUUCUGCAGAGCUGGAGAUGGACGUGAGGAAGCGAGUCAGAGUGAAGGGGCCCAGGCCUGUAGAUGAGAAGCAGUCAGCGUCCGAGCUGGACCUUGUCCUCCAGAGGCACCAGGGCCUCCAGGAAAAGCUGGCUGAGGAGAUGCUCGGCCUGGCCCGCAGCCUCAAGACCAACACACUGGCUGCCCAGAGUGUCAUCAAGAAGGACAACCAGACCCUGUCACACUCACUCAAGAUGGCCGACCAGAACCUGGAGAAGCUGAAGCUGGAGUCUGAGCGGCUGGAGCAGCACGCACAGAAGUCUGUGAACUGGCUGCUGUGGGCCAUGCUUAUCGUCGUAUGCUUCGUGUUCAUUAGCAUGAUCUUGUUUAUCCGAAUCAUGCCCAGGCUUAAAUAAAGCCUGCCCACCAGCU